UCUCUCUCCUCCCUUCCUCCCAUUCUCUCUGAACCAGGAUCUUCAGGUGAGGAUUAACAAAACAAAAGCAGCAGCAACUCCUGAAGAAGGGCCACCAUGGGCUUCUGGACCAUUUGCCCUUCCUUCUGCACCAUCAUCUUCCUCCUCUUCAUCUUUGCGGUGUCCAUGAUCUUCCACUGCCACCAGCGUCUGGCUCUGGUGCCCGCCCCCUGGGCCUCCCGGGGCCUCGUGGUCCCGGCCCCCCGGCACCUCCCCCAGGGGGGCAUGUUCACCAUCAACGCCAUCGGCCGCCUGGGCAACCAGAUGGGCGAGUACGCCACGCUGUACGCGCUGGCCAGGCUGAACGGGCGGCCGGCCUUCAUCCCCGCCGAGAUGCACAGCACGCUGGCGCCGCUCUUCCGCAUCUCCCUCCCGGUGCUGCCGGCCGCCGCGGCCCGCGGGCUGCCCUGGCUCAACUACCCGCUCCACGACUGGAUGGAGGAGCGGUACCGCCACAUCCCCGGCGAGUACGUGCGCCUCACGGGCUACCCCUGCUCCUGGACCUUCUACCACCACCUGCGCGCCGACAUCCUGCGCGAGUUCGCGCUGCACGACCACGUGCGCGAGGGGGCGCAGGCGUACCUGCGCGGACUGCGCGUGCGCGGGCGCCGCCCCGCCACGUACGUGGGCGUGCACGUGCGCCGCGGGGACUACGUGCGCGUCAUGCCGCAAGUGUGGAAGGGCGUGGUGGCCGACCGCGCCUACCUGCAGGCGGCGCUGGACCGCUUCCGGGCCCGGCACGCGUCCCCCGUGUUCGUGGUCACCAGCGACGGCAUGGCCUGGUGCCGCGAGAACAUCGACGCGUCCCGCGGGGACGUGGUGUUCGCGGGCACCGGGCGCCAGGGCUCGCCGGCCCAGGACUUCGCGCUGCUCACGCAGUGCAAUCACACCGUGUUCACCGUGGGCACCUUCGGCGUCUGGGCCGCCUACCUGGCCGGCGGGGACGCCGUCUACCUGGCCAACUACACGCCGCCCCACUCCCGCUUCCACACGGUCUUCAGGCCACAGGCGGCCUUCCUGCCCGAGUGGGUGGGCAUCGCCGCCGACCUUGGCCCGGCCGGAGAGAACGGCCCCUAGCCCUGCACGUGUCCCUCCCUCCCCCAUCCUCGGGGGACAGGCAGUGUAUGGGGCCCGGCACGGGGGCUCAGGAUUGGGCCCCCAAGUUUGAAUCCAGGCUGCUCGGCUUCUCGGCCGGGCGACCUCGAACAAGUGGCUUAACCUCUCUGUGCCUCAGAGCGCCACCUGGAAAACGAACAACAUACAGAACUCACCUGGCAGCCGCUCCCAGAACUCAGGCAGGCGUCUUCAA